AUGGCUGCUGAGUGGCGAAAGCUGCCGCUGGGCCUGGCAGAGCUCUGUAUCGAUACAGCUCUGCGCUGUGGGCAGUCUUUUAGGUGGAAGCAGAUCAAUGAUGAAUGGCACUGUUCAUUACGAGGCAGGAUACUGUCGCUCAAGCAGGAUCCCACUCGCCUGUACUACCGGGCAGCGUGGCCUGCAGGGUCUUCGCGAAGCCUCAUACGGACACAGACUGAAGAGCCUGGGGACAAUGCACCGGUUGACGAUACCGAAGACAUUGUAAAGAGCUACUUUAAUCUGCAGCUCGACCUCCCCACACUGUAUGAUCAGUGGUCGAGGGACGAUGCCAACUUCAGGAAGAAGGCCCCCAAGUUCAACGGCAUCCGUAUCCUGAACCAGGAUGCGUGGGAGGCUCUGAUUGCGUUCAUCUGCAGCAGCAACAACAACAUUUCGAGGAUUUCGCAGAUGGUGCACAAGCUAUGCCUGCACUACGGUCCGUUCAUAGGCAAGAUUGGCGACGAGGACUUCCACGACUUUCCGACGCCCGAGGCUUUGACAGGAUCCAAGGUUGAGGCGCACCUCCGAGAACUCGGUUUCGGGUACCGGGCCAAGUACAUUGCGGACACGGCGCGGAUUGUUGCCAAGGAUAGACCGGCUGGUUGGCUGCAGAGCCUGCGAAACCCAGACAGCCCGGCGCUUGGUUCCGGCGAUGCAAAGCAGAACCCGGAUGCCACGUACAAACAAGCACACGAAGAGCUGCUCCAGCUCAGCGGCGUCGGGCCCAAGGUCGCCGACUGUGUUUGCCUGAUGGGCCUCGGAUGGGGCGAGGCCGUUCCCGUCGACACACACGUCUGGCAGAUUGCCGUAAGGGACUACAAGUUCGGCAAGGCCAAGACAAAGACCUUUUCCAAAGCCAUGUACGACUCGGUCGGGGACCACUUCAGGCAGCUUUGGGGGAGGCACGCCGGCUGGGCGCAGUCCGUACUGUUCACGGCGAAUCUCAAGGCUUUCUCUGACCGCCUGGUGGCGAAAGCAGAGGAGGGACCAGCCGUAGAGAUAAAAGAGGAGACUAGGGUGACAGAUGCGGUAGUCGAGUCCAAGAAGAGGAAGACAGUCAUCACAAAAGUGGAAGACGACGACACUGGUACGCGUUUGACGGUGCCGAAUCACUCCGCAAUCAUGUCGGACGCCGAUUUCGAGCAGAUCAAGAAGCUGCAGCAGGAGCGCAACGCUGCAGCGGCGGCCAAGAAAGGCUCCCGCACCUUUGAUCCUGGCAACCAGCGUGCUGACUCGUCGACAAAGGCCAAGCUGAGCGAAGCCUACGACACGGAUCUCUACGACCGCGAUGCCGGCGACAAGUUCUCCGGCUACCACACGUCGCUCCCCAUGGUCGAGGGGGAUGAUGACGAGGACAUGGAUGGCGCCGACAGCUCGCGGCGGCUUGUCGGCCAGUAUACCGCCACGCGCGCCCAGAUUGACGAAUUCGCGCGAGGAGACGGCGUCGAGGAGGAUGACAUUCUGGCUGGCCGCGGCGAGCGCAGCAACAGGAUCACCGACCGGGAGACGGACUACCAGAAGAGGCGCUUCGACCGCGUCCUGACACCGACACGGGCCGACGCUUUUGCAGAGAAUCGCCAAGCAGGUGCUGCCGACGGCGAGAGCUACAAGGACAUCAUGGACAGGCGGGAGCUGGAACGUGAGGAGGAGAGGAUCCAACGGGCGAUUGAGGCCAAGCGGAAGGAGCAGCCAGCCAACGGUGAUGUCGUUGAAUAUCAGGCUACGCUCAAGGACGGAGACAAGGAGAACGACGAUGCUGGCUCCACCGAAGCCGUCUCCGCUGGGCGGAAGCGCAGAAAGAGGUGGGAUGUCGCGACUACAGACGCUAAGGAGGAGACACCACAGCCCGAAAAGAAGCGAUCCCGGUGGGACCAAGCACCUGCUCCUCCAGGCAGUGCCGGCGACGAAGCUCCCAAGAAACGCUCACGCUGGGACCAGGCGCCCGUAGCCUCCACUCCUGUCGGCGGACAGGGGCUCGCGACGCCCAUGCACCCAUCUCAGAUGGCACCCACCGCGGCGGCGCCUGCUUUCGGUAACGACCUGAACGCCCGCAACAUGCCCCUGAGCGAUGAGGAGCUGGACCUUAUGCUCCCUGGUCCCGACGAUGGCUACAAGGUCCUCGACCCGCCUCCGGGGUACGAGCCCGUGCGGGCUCCUGCACACAAGAUCAUGCAGACGCCGGUACCUACGAGUGGUUUCACGAUGCAGGACCCCAACAGCUCCCGUAUGACCAGCCAGCAGAUGCCCAAGGAGAUCCCAGGCAUUGGUGACCUACAGUUCUUCAAGCCCGAGGACAUGACCUACUUCGGCAAGCUCACCGAUGGCAGCACAGAAGACAGCCUGAGCGUGGAAGAGUUGAAGGAGAGGAAGAUCAUGAGGCUUCUCCUCAAGGUCAAGAACGGAACGCCACCCAUGAGGAAGACUGCGCUCCGUCAGCUCACUGACAACGCACGCAACUUUGGUGCCGGCGCGCUCUUCAACCAAAUCCUCCCGUUGCUGAUGGAGAAGACACUCGAAGACCAGGAGCGGCAUCUGCUGGUCAAGGUUAUCGACCGCAUUCUGUACAAGCUCGACGAUAUGGUUCGGCCAUACGUGCACAAGAUCCUGGUCGUUAUUGAGCCGCUGCUCAUUGACCAAGACUACUAUGCCCGCGUCGAGGGUCGGGAGAUCAUUUCCAACCUCAGCAAGGCCGCUGGUCUCGCCACUAUGAUCAGUACUAUGCGGCCCGAUAUUGACCACGUGGAUGAGUACGUGCGAAACACCACCGCCCGAGCCUUUGCCGUCGUCGCGUCGGCGCUCGGCAUCCCCGCCCUUCUCCCCUUCUUGCAAGCCGUGUGCCGAAGCAAAAAGUCGUGGCAGGCACGCCACACCGGUGUCAAGAUCGUGCAGCAGAUUCCCAUCUUGAUGGGAUGCGCAGUCCUUCCGCAUCUCAAGCGAUUGGUAGACUGCAUUGGUCCCAACCUGAACGACGAGCAGACCAAGGUCCGAACUGUCACAUCCCUGGCGAUCGCCGCACUUGCGGAAGCUGCGAACCCUUAUGGUAUCGAGAGUUUUGAUGAUAUCCUCAAUCCUCUCUGGACCGGCGCCCGCAAGCAAAGGGGCAAGGGCCUGGCUGGCUUCCUCAAGGCUGUCGGCUUCAUCAUCCCGCUGAUGGACGAGGAAUAUGCCAACUACUACACGAGCCAGAUCAUGGAGAUCCUGCUCCGGGAGUUCUCGUCACCCGACGAGGAGAUGAAGAAGGUUGUGCUGAAGGUAGUGUCGCAGUGUGCGGGCACGGAGGGCGUCACCGCGGGCUAUCUCAAGGAGCACGUCUUGGACGAGUUCUUCAAGUGCUUCUGGGUUAGGCGGAUGGCCCUGGACAAGCGCAACUACCGACAGGUCGUCGAGACCACUGUCGACAUUGGCCAGAAGGUCGGCGUCAGCGAGAUCCUGGAGAGGAUCGUGGCCAACCUGAAAGACGAGAGCGAGGCCUACCGCAAGAUGACGGUGGAGACGGUGGAGAAGAUUGUUGCGUCGCUGGGUGCGGCGGACAUUGAUCAGCGGCUAGAGGAACGCCUCAUCGAUGGCAUCCUGUACGCAUUCCAAGAGCAGAGUGUCGAGGACAUCAUCCUGCUCAACGGCUUCGGCUCGGUCGUCAACGCACUCGGGACCAGGUGCAAGAGCUACGUGCCUCAGAUCGUCAGCACGGUCCUCUGGCGCCUCAACAACAAGUCGGCCACCGUCCGACAGCAGGCGGCCGAUCUCAUCUCCCGCAUCGCCAUGGUCAUGCAGCAGUGUGGAGAGGACGCGCUCAUGGGCAAGCUUGGUGUGGUUCUCUACGAGUACCUCGGCGAGGAGUACCCCGAGGUUCUGGGGUCCAUCCUGGGCGCACUGCGCUCCAUCGUCACCGUGGUCGGCAUCAGCCAGAUGCAGCCGCCCAUCAAGGACCUUCUGCCGAGGUUGACGCCCAUCCUGCGCAACCGACACGAGAAGGUGCAGGAAAACACGAUUGAUCUUGUCGGCCGUAUCGCCGACCGCGGGCCAGAGAGCGUCAACGCGCGAGAAUGGAUGCGCAUCUGUUUCGAGCUGCUCGACAUGCUCAAGGCGCACAAGAAGGGCAUCCGCCGUGCCGCCAACAACACGUUUGGUUUCAUCGCCAAGGCCAUCGGGCCCCAGGAUGUCCUCGCGACGCUACUCAACAACUUGAGGGUGCAAGAGCGCCAGUCGCGUGUCAACACGGCCGUUGCUAUUGGCAUCGUCGCCGAGACCUGUGCGCCUUUCACAGUGCUGCCGGCUCUGAUGAACGAAUACCGCGUCCCGGAGCUCAACGUCCAAAAUGGCGUCCUGAAGUCCCUGUCCUUCCUGUUCGAGUACAUUGGCGAGAUGGCCAAGGACUACGUCUACGCCGUCACGCCGCUGCUCGAGGAUGCCCUCAUCGACCGCGACCAGGUCCACCGGCAGACGGCGGCGUCCGUCGUCAAGCAUAUCGCGCUUGGCGUGGUCGGCCUAGGCUGCGAGGACGCCAUGGUCCACCUGCUCAACCUGCUCUACCCCAACCUGUUCGAGACCAGCCCGCACGUCAUCGACCGCAUCGUCGAGGCUAUCGAGGCGGUGCGCAUGGCCGUCGGCCCCGGGCUGGUGAUGAACUACGUCUGGGCCGGCCUCUUCCACCCUGCGCGAAAGGUGCGCACGCCGUACUGGAGGCUCUACAACGACGCCUACGUGCAGGGCGCGGACGCGAUGGUGCCGUACUACCCUAACCUCGAGGAGGAUUUUGAUCUCCAGGCUCCCGGCAACCUCGCCAUACCAAACCGAAAACUCACAGACAAACCUUCCGGUCACAAAGAAACCGAAAAGAAACCUCGAGUCACCACAGCACCGCGCAAAAACACCAUGAAGUCCAGCGCCAAGUCCAAUCAGUACCUCGCCCUCUGCAUUGAGCAGGCCGCCCUCUCGCCCCUGCGCUUCCGACACGGCUGCGUCGUCGUCAAGGGCGGCAAGGUCAUCGGCCGCGGGCACAACUCGCACGCCGCCGCCGCCCACGGGUCCGCUCGCGCCGCCCGCAACGACGCCCCGCUCAGCCUGCACGCCGAGAUGAUGGCCGUCGACUCGGCGCUGGGCGCCGCCGGCCCGUCGUCGAUCAAACGCGCCGCCGACCUGCCGGCCGAUACUAAGUCGAAACGCAGGCGCCGGGCCGGCGCCGUGCAGAGCUACGUCGAGCGCGUGUGCCGCGCCGCGGCGCUGGGGCAGGGGGUUCAACGGCAAGAGGAGGAGGAGGAGCAACCACAACAACAAUGUGGCGGUGGCCAACGAGGACUACAACGACAACGACGAGGAACCGCCGGCCUGGCUCAGGUACACGAGUGGCGUUUUGAAGCCGCUGCAUCUGGAUGCGACGGGUCGGAACCAGAAACAGAAUCGGAACGAGAAGAAGAAGAAUCUGAAGAAGACUCUCCGCUCGCGACCGAUGCGGCAGAUACAUGCCGUCGAGGUUCCUGCUCGGCGACGGAGGGAGCGUCUAGAUCUUCGUCGAUGUCUCGCGGCAAGAGCAAGACCAAGGCCCGGGACGCGGAUCUACCACGGAUAGAGUACAAGCUCGUGCCGACAGCGGCCCAGCGAUCCAGCUACGGCGUCCGAGACCGCAUGAAGCAUCCCCGGCUCGUCGGCGCAGACCUCUACGUCCUCCGCCUCGGACGGACCACUACUUGCUGCACUUCAUCGGCUUCUCCCAUAGCUACGGCUACCGCGCCCGAUGACAAGUCACCGCCAAGAGCUCCGCCAUCGCCCACCCUCUCGUCCGUGUCGACGUGCUCAACGAGGUCGCUGCACGACGAGCUCGUCACCAAGGAGAGCCGCAUCGAGACCGCCGCUGCCGAUGCCGGGUCCUCAUCCGACGAGGGCAUCACCGCUCCUUAUCCCGUUGCCGAGUCUCGGCCGUGCUACCGCUGCCUCUCGUACAUGCACGCCGCCGGCGUCAAGCGCGUGUUCUGGACCAACAGCAUGGCGGAGUGGGAGGGCGCGAAAGUGCGCGACCUGAUCGACUCGCUCGAGGGAGUCGGCGGCUCGACGGCUCCGGUGAGAGGAGCUGAGGCGGUUGAGAGCGGGGGUGGUAGUGCUGCUCAUCAUGACAGGGUGUUUGUGACGAAGCAUGAGGUGCUGAGGCUUGUGAGGCUUGACAGCGGUUGA